CCAGCAAAGCUAGCGUACCGAACGUUAGUUACGCAACGUAGUUUCAAAGGUUGUAUAUAUCUGUCGGGGUUCCCGUCCAGGAAAUAUGAUGUGACUGUCUUUUCAGUCUGCUGUCAUGAGCUCUUGAUGUCUGUCUUGUUAUAAGUCAUCAUGAGUGGUGCUGCGCUGGCUGUUGUGGUGGUGGUCGUUUUUUUCUUGGCCCUCUACCUCCUCCAGCGUUAUGGAGAUCUGUGGAAGCAGCAGAGGCUGGUCCUGUUUGGAACGCUGCUGUCCUGGUACCUGUGCUUCCUCAUCGUCUUCAUCCUACCACUUGAUGUCAGCAUGGCUGUCUACAAUCAGUGCAAUUCUAACAUUACAAACACCACUACUGCAACUCCAACGAACCCCAGUAGUAGGAGUGAGGCCAACUUGUCUCCUUUUCCAUCUAUGAGUCCACCAGGCAAGUGUGAGGAGCCUUGGACUUAUAUUCCAAAUGACACCCUCGAAGUGUUUUGGAGAGUUGUAUACUGGACGUCUCAGUUUCUUACAUGGCUGCUGUUGCCCUUUAUGCAGUCUUAUGCACGCUCAGGAGCUUUCUCAGUGGUUGGAAAGAUCAAAACAGCUUUAAUUGAAAAUGCACUUUAUUAUGGCUCAUACCUUCUCAUCUUCAUCGCUCUGCUCAUCUAUGUGGCUGUUCAGCUAAAGUGGAAACUGACCUUGGCGGACCUCCAGACCAUAGGGAUUACAGCUGCCAACACCUGGGGACUCUUCCUCCUGGUCCUGUUGCUAGGCUAUGGCUUGGUGGAAAUCCCACGGUCUUAUUGGCUGUCAUCUUCCCACAAUUACGUGCUAUCCAAGAGCUACUUCAAGGUAGCAAAGAUGGCUACUGAGAAGGCAGAGGCAGAUGAGAAACUUGCAGAUGUCAUGGAGGAGGUUGCAGGCAUCCAUGCCUCUGUCAGGCAAAACCACUUUCUAAGGAAGUAUGUGGACAUAAUUUUGACAAAGUGUCCCACAAAGUACCAAGAAGAGAUGGGAAUAAAUGUGGAAAUCUCUCGCGUGGACCAGAAUGCCCCUCCCACCAAAAGAGUCCUAGUUAAACUUCAUGAAAAAGUGGUCAGCGCAGUGCAAAGACACAAUCAGACUCAGGUUCAGUGGUCUAUCCUGUUAGAGCAGGCCUUUCAUCUGGAAGAUGUAGCAAAAAGCCGGAACAGCUCGCUCCGACACUUCACCCACAGCUUCCCUUUAGCACACCGUGGCUGGAUCCGUAGGUUCAUCUACACUCCAACUGUAGAGUGGUUUUGGGAGUGUGUGCUCAGACAGGGCCUCUGCAGGCUGCUGGCCGUCCUCCUGUGCUUACUCUCCGCUGCAGUAAUCUGGUCUGAGUGCACCUUCUUCAGCACACACCCCGCCCUUUCUCUGUUUGCGGUCUUUAUUCAGUUGGCUGAAAAAUGGUACAACUAUCAUUGCAUUGAGAUGGUGUGCUUUGUGGGUAUCCUGUUCAUGUGCGUGUGCGUCUACUCCACAGUUUUCAGGAUACGAUUUUUCAACUACUAUUACCUGGUGCCACAUCACCAGACUGAUGCUUACAGCCUGCUGUUCAGUGGCAUGUUAUUUUGUCGUCUCACUCCACCUUUAUGCCUCAACUUUCUGGGAAUGAUUCACAUGGACUCUGCCAUCUCACACAAGAACAGAGUACAGACAUCUUACACCUCUAUUAUGGGCUCUAUGCAGCUGCUGUCAUUUAUAUCAGAUGGGUUCUACAUCUAUUAUCCCAUGCUGGUGUUGCUGCUGUGCUUUGCUACAUAUUACAAUCUGGGGUCUCGCUGUUUGAACCUCUUGGGCUUCCAUCAGUACAUCACUGAUGAUGAUUUGAUCUCUGACCUGGUGGAUGAAGGCAGGGAACUCAUCAAAAGAGAAAGAAGGAAAAGACAAAGAGCUGAAGAUGGAGAGAAUCGAAGAUGGGCGUGGAGGGAGCGGUAUGGUGUCGAUGGGGCCACUGGGCGGAACAGAGCUGGUUACACUGAGUUAAAGGAUAACCAGAAGGAGCCUGUAACAAAGAUCAAGAAAAGUGUUGUCACAUUUACCAGAAGAAACGAAAAGGCCGGCGAGCAGCAGACGGGCUUACUGCAGGAAGACUCCAGUGAUGACGAGUCGCCCAACAGAAGAUCCACAGCAGGAAGUUACCUCACUCUGUCACCUCCAGUGAAGGGCGUGUUUGACGACGUGUGACGCACGAAGGACCUGGAGGGAAAUCAAAAAGCUAAUAUGUGCUGCAAAUAGAAUAAAUGAUUCAAAUGGUACAUUUUCUUCAAAGGGAAGUCUGAAUGCAGAUAAUUCACUCUUAAGAAAAAAAAAGUAAAGAUGUUUAAUAGAUGUAAAAUAUAACUUUAAUAAAGGGUUUUAUAUCACUAGCAUUUUUGGUGGUAUUCAUAGCGAUUGGUAACUGUAAGAACUUAACACAUGUGUUUAAAUGCAUGCUUGAUAUUGUUAUGUUUUAUAAUAAAAUUGGUGGAUAACAGAGCUCAUAGUAUGUGCAUAGAUUUUAUAUUUAUUUAAUUUGAAAUUCAAUUUCUGUGCCUAAAGCAAAGUGUCAUAGAGAAUAUAUCAAAAACAUAAACACGUUUAAAGUUGUGUUUUCAACUGUAUCUGCUAAAUAGCAUCAUUUUCAUGUGGUGCAGUCUCCAGGUAUCUAUUUAUACAAUUUUGAACUGUUCAAUUGUUAUUGUAUAAAUAAAACAUAAUGUUUUUGCUUGUACUUUAUCUGCUGUUGGAUUUUGAGUGGCCUAAAAUAUAUAAAACAGCAU